CCGGCGGUGAUGGCGCGGGAGGGCGCCCUGGAGGAUCCAGCUGUGCCCCCAGAUGUUGAGACCCCCCCAAAACCCCUCCCCUGGCCCCGAGCCGCCCCGGAUCCAGAUGUUGGGGACCCGAGAAGGCCCCAAACCGCCCGGGGGGCUCCAGAUGUGGCGGCCCCCGAUCCAGAUGUGCCGCGGGUGGAGAGCGACACAGAUGUGGAGGAGGAGGAGGAGGAAGAGGAGCCCGAUCCAGAUGUUUGGCCCCAAAAACGGCUCCAAACGACCCCAAACCUCCCCCAAGCGCCAGAUGUGGGGCUGAGAGCCCCGGAUCCAGAUGUUGCUCGGCUGGGGAACGGCUGGGGGGCGCUGCUGGUGGAGAGCGACACAGAUGUGGAGGAGGAUCCAGAUGUGGAACCCCCAAAAAGGCUCAAAAUGACCCAAAAGGUGCCGGGAACUCCAGAUGUGGCGGGAAAGGCCCCGGAUCCAGAUGUUGGGGGGCCAAAAAGGCGGCUGGGGGACAGCGACACAGAUGUGGAGGAGGAUCCAGAUGUGCGGCCCCCCAAGAGGCUCCGAGCCGCCCCCAGCCUGCCCCGAACUCCAGAUGUGGCGGCCGGAACCCCCGAUCCAGAUGUUGGGGGGCCGGAGCCCCGCCCCUGGGCGCUGCUGGUGGGCAGCGACACCGAGGAGGAGGAUCCAGAUGUGGAGCCCCCAAAAAGGCUCAGAAUGACCCAAAAUGUCCCCGAAACUCCAGAUGUGGCUGCGGAUCCAGAUGUGGCCGGCCCCAAAAUCUGGUGCGUGGUGGAGAGCGACACAGAUGUGGAGGAGGAUCCAGAUGUGGAGCCCCUUAAAAUGACCCAGAACGUCCCAGAAACUCCAGAUGUGGCCACAGAUCCAGAUGUGGAGCCCCCAAAAAGGCUCAAAAUGACCCAAAAGGUGCCAGAAACUCCAGAUGUGGGCACAGAUCCAGAUGUGGCCAGCCCUGAGUUCGGGUGCGUGGUGGAGAGUGACACGGAUGUGGAGGAGGAUCCAGAUGUGGAGCCCCUCAAAAUGACCCAGAACGUCCCAGAAACUCCAGAUGUGGCCCCAAAGCCAAAUCCAGAUGUUGCUGGCCCUGAGUUCGGGUGCGUGGUGGAGAGCGACACGGAUGUGGAGGAGGAUCCAGAUGUGGAACCCCCAAAAAGGCUCCAAAUGACCCAAAACCUCCCAGAAACUCCAGAUGUGGCCGCAGAUCCAGAUGUGGAGCCCCUCAAAGUGACCCAAAAGAUGCCAGAAAUUCCAGAUGGGGCCACGGAUCCAGAUGUGGAGGCCCCAAAAAGGUUCAAAAUGACCCAAAACCUCCCAGAAGCUCCAGAUGUGGCCACGGAUCCAGAUGUUCAGGGCCCCACGGUGCUGGUGGUGGAGAGUGACACAGAUGUGGAGGAGGAUCCAGAUGUGGAGCCCCCAAAAAGGCUCCAAAUGACCCAAAAUGUCCCAGGAAUUCCAGGUGUGGCUGCAGAUCCAGAUGUGGAGCCCCUAAAAAUGACCCAGAAGCUCCCAGAAACUCCAGAUGUGGCUGCAGAUCCAGAUGUUGCCAGCCCCAAAAUCUGGUGCGUGGUGGAGAGCGACACCGACGUGGAGGAGGAUCCAGAUGUGGAGCCCCUCCAAAUGACCCAAAAGGUGCCAGGAACUCCAGAUGUGGCCACAGAUCCAGAUGUGGAGCCCCCAAAAAGGCCCGAAACGCCCCAAAACGCGGCCGGGGAUCCAGAUGUGGCCGGCCCCGAGACAGAUGUGGAGGAUCCGGAUCCGGAUCCAGAUGUUCGGCCCCCCAAGCGGCGCCGGAUCACUCCAAGGGCGCCCGGGGCUCCAGAUGUGGGGGCGGGGGGAGGGGAGGGGUGGGAUCCAGAUGUGGCCACCCAGCUGUUCCUGCCGGCCCGAAUUCCAGAUGUGGAGGAGGAGGAGGAGGAGGAAGAACCCCCCGGAAUUCCAGAUGUGGAGGAGUCGGAAUCAGAGUCGGAUCCAGAUGUGCCCACCCAGCCCUUCCUGCCCUCCCCAGAUGUUGGGAGCCCCCGGAAGGCCCCGGAAGGUCCCGAGGUUCCAGAUGUGGCCGCCCAGCCCUCCCUGGAUCCAGAUGUGGCCACCCAGCCCUCCCUGGAUCCAGAUGUGGCCACCCAGCUGUUCCUGCCCCCAAAGCCGCCCCGAGCGGCCCCGAGCGGCCCCAAAAUCCCCGCGGGGGGAGGGGCAGCGAGCCCGGAUCCAGAUGUGGAGGGGGAGGAGGACUUGGAGGCGGCCACCCAGCUGUUCCUGCCCCCCCCUCCAGAUGUGGGGGGCUCAGAGCCCCCCGGGAUUCCAGAUGUGGCCACCCAGCUGUUCCCGCCCCCCCCUCCAGAUGUGGGGCAGGAGGAACCCCCUGAUCCAGAUGUGGGGGGCCCAGGGAGCCCCGGGCCGGGUCCAGAUGUGGCCACCCAGCUGUUCCAGCCCCCCGGAAUUCCAGAUGUGGAGGAACCCCCCGAUCCAGAUGUGGAGGAACCCCCCGAUCCAGAUGUUGGGGAUGGCGCUGAAGCUCCGCCCACCCCGCAGGUGCGGCGCAGUCAGCGAUUGGCCGAGCUCAGAGUGGGCGGAGCCUCUGCCGGCCCCAGGCCCCGCCCCCCGCCCAGGCCCCGCCCCCAGAGCCCGCGAGACCGGGAGGGGGCGGGGCUUGGAGAGGCCACGCCCACCGAGGCCAUAAAAGGAAAUGGGCGGGGCCCGGAGCCUGCCCCCAUCCGGGUGCUGUUCACAGGCCUGGUGGCCUCGCGGGCGCUGUUGGUGGCCCUGGGGACGUUGGGUGGCACCGAGGCCACCUCAGUGCACGACUGCAGCCACCUGGUGACCGAUGGCAUCCGCAGGACCCUCAAAUUCCUCUGUGCCCUGGCCAGGGGUGUCCCCAUCGUCACCCCCGAGUGGCUGCUGCAGAGUUCCCGCGGUGGCCCUGGAGUUCCCGCGGUGGCCCUGGGUGACACUGCUGUCCCCUGCUGUCCCCAGAGUUCCCGCGGUGGCCGCCCGCUGUCCCCAGGUCCGUUCCUGCCCCGGGACCCCUCCCGUGAGCGCAGCUUCGGCUUCCGGCUGCGGCCAGCGCUGGCCCGGGCCCGGCAACGGCCCCUGCUGCAGGGUUUCCAGGUCCACGUCACCCCCGGAGUUCGGCCGUGCCCGGAGGAGCUGAGGGACAUCGUCACCUGCUGUGGUGGCACCUUCCUGUCACAGCUGCCACCCCUGCCACCGCCCCGUUGUCUGGUGAUCUCCUGCCCCCAGGACCGCGCUCUGUGGGCUCCGGCCGUGGCCGCGGGGCUCCCGCUGCUCUCGCCCGAGCUGCUCCUCUCGGGGGUCCUGCGGCAGCGCCUGCAGCUCUCCCGCUUCCUGCUCACCCCAAAUCCCCCCCAGAAACCCCAAAAUCCGCCCCAAAAACCCCCAAAUCCCCCCCAGAAACACAAAAAUCUGCCCCAAAAAACCCCAAAUUCCACCCAGAAACCACAAAAUCACCAAAAAACCCCAAAUUCCGCCCAGAAAUCAAAAAAUCCCCCCCCAAAACCCCCAAAUUCCACCCAAAAACCCCCAAAUCCCCCCCAAAAAACCCCAAAUCCCCCCCAAAAAACCCCAAAUUCCACCCAAAAACCCCCAAAUUCCGCCCAAAAACCCCCAAAUUCCUCCCAAAAACAGAAAAAUCACCAAAAAGCCCCGAAUCCCCCCCAAAAUCCCCCGGCCCCGCCCCAUUUUGGGGGCUCCACCCCCCCCCCGAGCCCCCCCCGGACCCGGAGCGGGCGGAGACCCCCCCAAAAAACCCCAAAUUCGGGGACCUCCCGAAAAACCCCAAAUUCCACCCAAAAAACCCCAAAUUUACCCCAAAAAACCCCAAAUUUACCCCAAAAACGGCCCCGGGGUCACUCGGGGGGUCCUGAGCCCGAUUUUGGGGUCCCCGAGCCCCCCCUGAGCCCCCCCAGGACCCGGAGCCGCCGGGGACCCCCCCAGGACCCCCCAAAACCCCGGGGGGCCCCAAUAAAGUGA